AUGGAAUGCCCCGAGAAUGGGGAACUGUGGGACCAAUCCAAGUUCUACGGUAUCGUUGGAGAAUCGCUUUUCAAGUAUUAUGUUUGCCACAUCCUGAAAGCUGUCUCCAUCAUCCACGAUAAGUAUGAAAUCGUCCAUCGCGAUCUCAAGCCUGAGAACAUUCUCAUCAACGAUAAGCAUGAAAUCAAGUUGAUUGAUUUCGGAACGGCCAAGGACCUCUCCCGACCUGACAUCAAGGGCGCUGGAAAUGGCCUAAAGGGAAGAAAACCCUUUGAGCAUUACGUUGGAACUCCCAACUACAUGGCUCCUGAGUGCAUCCACAACAAGGCUUCAGAGAAGGUUUCGGAUGUCUAUUCCCUCAGUGGUGUUUUCUACCAUCUCAUGGUCGGCUGUGCCCCCUUCGCAGGCGGAUCGGAGUAUAUCAUCUUCACCAAAUCAUGCGAUACUGAGCUCUUCCUAUGCCCCGAACUCUUCUCACCAGCCUUGAGGGAUCUCAUGAGCAAAAUGAACCGCAAGGAGAUGAGCGAAAGGAUCACUCUCAAGCAAGCCAUGGAGCAUGAGUAUUUCGAAGGCGUUGAUUGGGAAAACUUGCCCACCUACGAAACCGCCCUCGGCCAACUGAGCCCCUACGAGCAAUACCUUAGAAAGAAAUGCAAGGAACUGAAGAGAAAAUACUAA